CAUAAGUUUCGAUUAAAAGGGCAGUUUCUGCUUCCGUUCCCCGGUCUUUGUCGGUCUCCCUUACGCGCACUCGCUCUCUCUCUCUUUCUGUAUGUAGAAGUGAGAAAUUUGAAGAAAAAUAUGCAAGGGGGAGAGGACGUGAGCAUCGAAGAGCUCGCUUCGAAUCUCUCCACGUAUAAGGAGCAGCUCAAUGAGGUGAAAAAACUAUUGGCUGAUGAUCCUGGAAACUUAGAAUAUGAAGACAUGGAGAAGGAGCUUAUUGAGGUUAUAGCAUUGACAGAGGAACUCUUGGUUACCACAAAGCAUGUUGAAUAUUCUAGGAGUGAUACUGAGUUGGAUGGAUAUGCUUCCCCUUCUCAGGGUUCCUCUCAGUUAAAACUGCGGUCAAGUGGACGCAGUGAACAAAAUACUGAAGAAUUUCAUAAGUUUUCUGUUGGCACCAAAGUUCAGGCAGUUUGGAGUGAAGAUGGGGAGUGGUAUGAUGCAAUUAUUGAGGCUUUCACUCCAAAUGGAUAUUUCGUUUCUUAUGAUGGCUGGGGAAACAAGGAAGAGGUGGAACCUUAUAAUGUUAGACCAAUUGAGGAGGUCCAAGUAAAUGCUUUGCUAGAAGCUGAACUACAGGCUGAAGCUACCAAGCAGGCCAUUAAAAGAAAGAUUGCACAAGCAGCUGUGAUGGACUUCCAGCGGCGUACAAUACCUCAAAAAUUACGCAUUGAGCCAACUGACCCUGAAGAUGUGAAAGCUGCUAAGCGCAAGAAAAUUCAUGCAUUUAAGUCAAAAGCUCGCGUUGAGCAACUCGAGGUUGUGCAGAAUAAAAGGCAGAAUGCUUGGCAACAAUUUCAAUCCGCAAAAGGAAAAACUAAAAAGAUUGGCUUUUUCUCGGGGCGCAAACGAGAGAGCAUAUUCAAAUCUCCUGAAGAUCCAACGGGCAAAGUUGGAGUAACUGGAAGUGGAAAGGGGCUGACGGAGUUUCAGAAGAGAGAGAAGCACCUGCACCUCAAGGGAGCUGCUGGGGAUGCUGAAGAUGCUAACUAACAGGUUUUGUGCUUCAGGGAAAUAGCUUUCUAUGCCGAACGUAAUCUUUGUAGAGUUUAUUAUAUGAUUUAAGUAAGUAUGGAACCUUUAUACUUCAAAAUGUGUUACAGUUUGAUCUGUGUCAAUUUCUUUUGAAGUUGGGGUUGCAGAUUGUAUGAUUCUCAUGGAUUUUGUUUGGCAAUUUAGUAAUGAUCUAUUCUGAAGCUGAGCUUAGUUUAGGCUUCGUUUGAGA